AUGGCCCUCAACGCAUCACCGUCGAUAGCAUGCAUCGGCGUCAUCGGCAAACACGACCAACCACUGCACAUCUCCCUCUUCCCUCCCCAUGAUACCGCUCCCAACGCCGACCUCGAAUUCCUCUUCCUCCUAAACUCGUGCCUCGACAUCUUCGACCUGCGUGCUCGCACCACGAAACUGCUUGACUCAGACCUGGGCCUGCUCCAGGCCAUCGACGACCGCCUGUCGUGCUACGGCUGGCUGACGAAUACAGGGAUCAAGUUCAUCAUCGUCGUGGACAUGAUGGGUCGGCCUCCACCGUCUGCGUCGGACGAAGAUACCCCAAAAGAUCUGUUGUCCAAGGACAAGAGACGGUUUCCACCUGCAGCCGUUGGCCUGAGAGACGCGGAUCUCAAACCAGCCUUCCGUGCCAUACAGACCGCAUACAUCCAUCUCAUGUUGAAUCCUUUCUACACGCCAGAUGAGCGGACGCCCUUGCAGAUUGCAAACUAUGGCGGGAAGAGUCCUACAAUCACGAGCAAGAAGUUCAUUGCGGAGAUUCAGAGGAUCGGGAGGGCGUGGUAUCCAGGUAUUGCGAGUAUCUGA